GCUCGGAUGUGGAUGCAAACACGGGGCUUGGGGGAGCUGCUUGUGAUGCGAAACAGCUUUUGCGGGUCCUCAAGCAAGGUCCGCGAGGCCAGCACGCCGCCGCCGCCAGGGAAAGCCGAGCAAGCCCGGGGCGAGGAGCCCAGGAGGCCCAAGAGCCCGGCGGAACCUCCCGGCCCGCUGCCCAGUACCUGCUGACCUCACGUGAUUCUGGCUAAAGAGAUGAUGCAAAACCGCCCCAUCUGCAUCCCAACUGUCAGAAAUGACAGGGGCUGGGAUUACUGCUUCCAUCUGUCACAACAACCCAAGAAUCCAUCACACCAGCAAAUAGAGGAGUGGUACUCCACGAGUGCAUCUGGAGAAAGUGGCGAGGACGCCGAGCCCAAGGAAGAGGCCAUAAGCAUUUGGUCUCUUCCCGUGGAAAAAUUAGCCCAGUCACAGAAGAAAGUAGCUCAGCUGAUUAAGGACAAAAUGAACAUCCAAGCAAACAAGGAACUGAUUCGCUGUGUCAGCCUUUCGCGGAUUAUUUUUGGAGAAGAACACUGGAAAUGUGCACAGGCAGUGGCCAGCCUGGCGUAUGGCUACCUGACACUGAGAGGACUCCCGUGUCAGGCCAAGAAACAUGCCGAGUCCGCCAAGACCAUACUGCUGACCUGGAAGGGAAACAUCGCGUCAGAGAAGGAGAAAAAGGAAAUCCUGGAAGCUCUGGUCAUGAUCUACUAUACCCUGGGAGUGGCCUGGCUCCUGCAGAACCAUGGCCAAGAGGCUUAUGUCAACCUGCAGAAGGCAGAGAGAAACAUGAAGGAGCUCCGAGAAUUCUACCAAGGGAGCAGCUGUGGGUUCCAGGUCUCAGAGAACGAGCUCGCAGUUGCCUUGGGCAGAGCCUCCUUGGCCACCCAGAGGUUGAACCUAGCGCUGACAUACUUUGAAAAGGCAAUUGGCAAUGUGAUUGCUGCUAAGGGUGAUCGGACCUCAGAUCUGGAAAGCCUCUACGAGGAAAUUGCUCAGAUUGAGCAGUUGAGGAAGACCCACAACCAGGGCAUCCAGUACAUGCAACAGGCCCAUUAUAUCUAUAUUUAUUUGUUCAUUGAAGUCAGUCCCCAAACAAGAGAAAUGUGCAUUAUUAGCCAAGGCUAUGCCAUGUCAGGAGUGGCUCAACACAUGGGUAGUAUUUUUAUGAAAAAUAUCAUGGCAUAUCAAGCAACAGUAGGCCCAGAGGAAUAUGAAACACUGACAAUCACUGAAGACUUUUGCAAAUGGCCUGUACAAAAUGGGGAUAAACAGGUAACUUGCCUGCGGUGCCUGAUGAUUCAAUUUUUGUUUGGAAAUGAGCACAGUAGAAGCAGUGAGACCAGAAGCCUCCUUACCCUCCUGGGAGGUGAAGUUCUGGCCACAGCCAUCAACGAGGGGCCCUGCGUGUGGGGGUGGAGGCAGCUCGGCCUCUCCUAG